GCGGAGGGCGGGGGCUUUAGGGAGGGGAGCCUAACCUCCCUGGGCAGGAGCAGUGACCACAGCUCCCCCCAACGUCCCUACUGAAGGCAGGUGGGAGGAGGCCGAUUUAAAAGGCAGACGGGCCUCUGGCCAAAGCAUUCAGCUCUGCCGCCAGCUACCAGGCGCUGCUACCCCGGGGGCUCUAAGAGUAUCCGACUUCCGGACCCGCUCAGGACGGAUGCCAUGUGAGCCCAGCUUGGCGCACCUCCAGCCGGCCUUCCUUCCUUUCCUCCUCCUGCCCGUGUGUGCCUGUAUAGCCUCUCCAGAGAGGGACACUUAGCACCAUGUCUCUCCUCAACCCUGUCCUGCUGUCCCCCAAGGUGAAGGCUUAUCUGAGCCAAGGGGAGCGCUUCAUCAAAUGGGACGAUGAAACUACAAUAGCCUCCCCAGUUAUCCUCCGUGUGGAUCCCAAGGGUUACUACUUAUAUUGGACAUAUCAGAGUAAGGAGAUGGAGUUUCUGGAUAUCACCAGCAUCAGGGAUACCCGCUUUGGGAAGUUUGCCAAGAUACCCAAGAGCCAGAAGCUCCGGGACGUCUUCAACAUGGACUUCCCCGACAACAACUUUCUCCUCAAGACACUCACUGUGGUGUCUGGCCCUGACAUGGUAGACCUCACCUUCCACAACUUCGUCUCCUAUAAGGAGAAUGUGGGCAAGAGCUGGGCCGAAGAUGUGCUGGCCCUUGCCAAGCACCCACUGACGGCCAAUGCCUCCCGUAGCACCUUCUUGGACAAAAUCCUCGUGAAGCUCAAGAUGCAGCUCAAUCCGGAAGGGAAGAUUCCUGUGAAAAAUUUUUUCCAGAUGUUUCCUGCUGACCGCAAGCGGGUGGAAGCUGCCCUCAGUGCUUGCCACCUCCCAAAAGGCAAGAACGAUGCCAUCAAUCCUGAGGACUUCCCAGAAUCCGUCUACAAGAGUUUCCUCAUGAGCCUCUGUCCUCGGCCAGAAAUAGAUGAGAUCUUCACUUCCUACCAUGCCAAGGCCAAACCUUACAUGACCAAAGAACACCUGACCAAGUUCAUCAACCAGAAACAGAGGGACCCCCGUCUCAACUCUCUGCUGUUUCCGCUGGCGCGGCCUGACCAGGUGCAGGGCCUCAUUGACAAGUAUGAGCCCAGUGGCAUCAACGUGCAGAGGGGCCAGCUCUCCCCCGAGGGCAUGGUGUGGUUUCUCUGCGGGCCUGAGAACAGCGUGCUGGCCCAGGACAAGCUGCUUCUCCACCAGGACAUGACGCAGCCCCUCAACCAUUACUUCAUCAACUCCUCACACAACACUUACCUGACAGCCGGCCAGUUCUCUGGCCUGUCGUCGGCUGAGAUGUACCGCCAGGUGCUGCUGGCCGGCUGCCGCUGCGUGGAGCUGGACUGCUGGAAGGGCAAGCUCCCUGAUGAGGAGCCCAUUAUCACCCAUGGCUUCACCAUGACCACAGACAUCUACUUCAAGGAAGCAAUUGAAGCCAUUGCAGAAAGUGCCUUUAAGACCUCCCCCUAUCCUGUCAUCCUGUCAUUUGAAAACCAUGUGGACUCACCCCGCCAACAGGCCAAGAUGGCUGAAUACUGCCGGAUGACGUUUGGGGAGAUGCUGCUCACAGAGCCCUUGGAAAAGUUCCCAUUGAAACCAGGCAUCCCCCUGCCCAGCCCUGAGGAUCUCCGAGGCAAGAUCCUCAUCAAGAACAAAAAGAACCAGUUUUCUGUCCCAGCAACCCCCAGCAAGGAGCCGGGUGGGGGUGCUGAGAACAGCUGCCCACCCAGUGCCUCUGUGGGAGAGGACCCAGUGUGGGCUGGUGAGGACGGGGCACAGCCGGAGGAGGAAGAGGUGGAAGAGGAGGAGGAGGAGUCGGGAAACUUGGAUGAGGAGGAGCUCAAGAAGAUGCAGUCGGAUGAGGGCACAGCAGGCCUAGAGGUGACAGCUUACGAGGAGAUGUCCAGCCUAGUGAAUUACAUCCAGCCCACCAAGUUCAUCUCCUUUGAGUUCUCUGCCCAGAAAAACAGAAGCUAUGUCAUCUCGUCCUUCACAGAGCUCAAGGCCUAUGACCUGCUCUCCAAGGCCUCAGUGCAGUUCGUGGACUACAACAAGCGCCAGAUGAGCCGCAUUUACCCGAAGGGCACACGCAUGGACUCCUCCAACUAUAUGCCCCAGAUGUUCUGGAACGCCGGUUGCCAGAUGGUGGCCCUCAACUUCCAGACAAUGGACCUGCCCAUGCAGCAGAACAUGGCGUUGUUUGAGUUCAACGGGCAGAGUGGCUACCUCCUCAAGCAUGAGUUCAUGCGGCGGCCGGACAAGCAGUUCAACCCCUUCUCAGUGGACCGCAUCGACGUGGUGGUGGCCACCACCCUUUCCAUCACGGUCAUCUCUGGACAGUUCCUGUCGGAUCGCAGUGUGCGCACAUAUGUGGAAGUGGAACUCUUUGGCCUUCCCGGGGACCCCAAGAGGCGCUAUCGCACCAAGCUGUCACCCAGUGCCAACUCCAUCAAUCCUGUCUGGAAGGAGGAGCCUUUUGUCUUUGAGAAGAUCUUGAUGCCUGAGCUGGCAUCCCUCAGGGUGGCUGUACUGGAGGAAGGCAACAAAUUUCUUGGACACCGCAUCAUCCCCAUUAAUGCCCUGAAUUCUGGCUACCACCAUCUGUGCCUGCAUAGCGAAAGCAACUUGCCCCUUACCAUGCCCGCCCUUUUUGUCUUCCUGGAGUUGAAGGACUAUGUACCUGACACCUGGGCAGAUCUCACCGUGGCUCUGGCCAAUCCCAUCAAGUUCUUCAGUGCCCAUGACAAGAAGUCUGUGAAGCUCAAGGAAGCCAUGGAAGGUCUGCCUGAGAAACCCUUCCCACUUGGGAGUCCAGUUGUCCGCCCAGUCAACGGGGCGUUGGCCCCAACGAGCAAUGGGUCUGCAGCAGCUGGGGCCAGGGCCAAGGAGGAGGCUAUGAAAGAAGCUACGGAGCCCCAGACCGCCAGCCCGGAGGAGCUGCGGGAGCUGAAGGGCGUCGUGAAGCUGCAGCGGCGGCACGAGAAGGAGCUGCGGGACCUGGAGCGGCGCGGCGCGCGGCGCUGGGAGGAGCUGCUGCAGAGGGGCGCAGCGGAGCUGGCCGGGCUGGGGCCGCCGGGCGCGGGGGGGUGCGGGGGCCGCCGGCUCGGCCCCGGCAAGGGCUCUCGCAAGAAGAGGACCCUGCAGUGCGAGGAGGCCGCCGGGGCCGCGCCGGGCGAGGGCCGCGAGGGCCCCGAGGGCGCGGACGCGCGUGCACGCGAGCUGCAGGACCGGCUGGAGCUGGAGCUGCUGCAGCAGGGUGAGGAGCGGUACGAGUGCAUCCUGAAGCGCAAAGCGCAGCACGUGGCUGAGCAAAUCGCCAAGAUGAUGGAGCUGGCCAGAGAGAAGCAGGCGGCAGAGCUGAAGACCCUCAAGGAGACCUUGGAGACUGACACCAAAGAGAUGAAAAAAAAGCUGGAGGCCAAGAGGCUGGAGCGGAUUCAGGCCAUGAUCAAAGUCACCCCUGACAAGAUGGCUCAGGAAAGACUGAAGAGAGAGAUUAACAACUCUCACAUCCAGGAGGUGGUGCAAGUCAUUAAGCAGAUGACAGAGAACCUGGAGAAGCACCAGGAGAAGCUGGAGGAGAAGCAGGCAGCCUGCCUGGAACAGAUCCGGGAGAUGGAAAAGCAGUUCCAGCAGGAGGUGCUGGCAGAGUACGAAGUCCGGAUGAAGGGCCUGGAGGCUGAGGUGAAGGAGUCAGUGAAGGCCUGCCUCAGGAACUGCUUACCCUCUGAGGCCAAGGACAAGCCUGAGAGGCCUUAUGAGGCCUUCAGGGAGCUGUGUGACCAGGACCCACUCACAGCAAAGGCAGGCGCCGAGGAGAGCCACCUCUGAUGCCCCUAUCCCACAGGGACAUUCUGUAAGGACAUUCACUCUUCUCUCGGAUGGGGUUCCAUUCCCCCAGGAGGAAAGGCCCAUUCUAAGGCUGUGGGAAGCUGGGGCUCUUUUGGACUCUGGAGUCCCUUCCUCAACAACCAGGCUAGAGGAGGAGGCAAGAAACAGGUACCAUCAGGGCAGGGGCCCAUCUGAGGUUUCAAGGUCCUUUCCGAUCUGACUUCCUACUCCUCAUUCUUCUUCUCUGCCUCUGAGUAAGUGUCUCACAUUUGUUGAGGGCAAAAGGAUAUGGACUGAGAGGCAGGAAAUGGGGUCCUGGCCCCACUCUCCUUUCCCUAGUGUGUUACCAGUGGCGCCCCACUCUGGACUCUGUGUCCUUUCCUGGAGGGUUAGGCCUAGCUGUCUGGAGCCUCCAUUCUAGCCCCUCUAGGUCAAGCAGGACCAAACUCCAAACCCUUCUGCUGUAAGCCCCUUCUCAGACCUGUCCUAAGUCGGCCACCUUGUCAGUUCCCUGAUACAGAGCCUGUCCAAGCUCCCUGGGGACAGCUGCUUCCAGUAUCCUGGGCUGAGGUCCC